CUUCUUCCCUUGCGACCGCUGCGCACCGAGCAUGGAGCCUGCCUGAGACGGCCCGUGGGCUCCGGCAGCUGCUGCGGCAGCACAACAUGGAGGCGGCGCCGCCGCCGCUCCCGCUGCUGCUGCUGCUGAGACUCCUGGCCGCCUCGGUGCUGCGGUGCGAGCCGGGCUCGGCCGGAGCAUCCCCCUAUCUGCUUUUUGCCAACCGGCGGGAUGUUCGACUUGUGGAUGCUGGAGGCAUGAAGCUGGAGUCUACUGUGGUGGUCAGUGGUUUAGAGGAUGCUGCUGCGGUUGACUUCCAGUAUUCACAAGGCAUCGUUUUCUGGACAGAUGUGAGUGAAGAAGCCAUCAAGCAAACUUACAUUAACCAAACUGGGAAUGUGGUGCAGAAUGUCAUCAUUUCUGGUCUGGUUUCCCCGGAUGGCCUGGCCUGUGAUUGGAUUGGGCAAAAACUUUACUGGACGGAUUCAGAAACCAAUAGGAUAGAAGUAGCUAAUCUCAAUGGAACAUCUAGAAAAGUCCUCUUCUGGCAAGACCUUGAUCAGCCCAGGGCAAUAGCUUUGGAUCCUGCUCAUGGAUACAUGUAUUGGACUGACUGGGGUGAAACACCCAGAAUAGAACGGGCAGGAAUGGACAGCAGCACACGAAAAAUAAUUGUUGAUUCAGAUAUUUACUGGCCAAAUGGACUCACAAUAGAUCUUGAUGAGCAGAAACUUUACUGGGCUGAUGCAAAACUGAGUUUCAUUCAUAGGGCAAAUCUAGAUGGUUCCUUUAGGCAAAAAGUCGUUGAAGGUAGUCUUACUCAUCCCUUUGCACUGACGUUGUCUGGGGACACUUUGUAUUGGACAGACUGGCAAACCCGCUCCAUUCAUGCCUGUAACAAAAGGACGGGAGAAAAAAGGAGAGAAAUAUUAUCUGCCCUAUAUUCGCCAAUGGAUAUCCAGGUCUUAAGUCCAGAUCGGCAGCCAUAUUUUCACACUCCAUGUGAAGAAAACAAUGGUGGUUGCUCCCAUCUGUGCCUGCUGUCUCCAAGAGAACCCUUCUACAGCUGUGCCUGUCCCACUGGUGUGCAGCUAGAAGACGAUGGCAGGACAUGCAAAUCAGGUGCUGAAGAAGUCUUGCUGCUUGCUAGAAGGACUGACUUGAGGAGGAUUUCCCUGGACAUGCCGGAUUUCACUGACAUCAUUCUGCAGAUAGACAAUAUUAGACAUGCAAUUGCUAUAGACUACGAUCCUGUGGAAGGCUACAUCUACUGGACUGAUGAUGAUGUUCGGGCAAUUAGUCGGGCCUACCUUGAUGGUUCUGGAGCACAGACUCUGGUAACUACAGAAAUCAACCAUCCAGAUGGUAUUGCUGUGGAUUGGGUGGCAAGGAACCUGUACUGGACUGAUACUGGAACAGACCGCAUUGAAGUGACCCGAUUAAAUGGGACAUCAAGAAGGAUCCUUAUCUCAGAAAACCUAGAUGAACCUCGAGCAAUAGUGCUCAAUCCUGUAAUGGGCUACAUGUAUUGGACGGACUGGGGUGAAAGUCCGAAAAUAGAAUGUGCUUAUUUGGAUGGCUCAGAAAGGCGAGUUCUGGUGAAUACAUCCCUAGGUUGGCCUAAUGGCUUGGCACUGGAUUUUGAAAAAGACAAGCUUUACUGGGGAGAUGCAAAAACAGAUAAAAUCGAGAUACCAGGAAUGCUUUGUUCUGUGGCCUCAGAUGCUGAAGGAGCAGAAGAGUCGUAUCUGCAGCCUUCCUGUAGAGAGGAGUGGACUAGACGGACAGCAACAUUGACCAAAGUCAUAAAUGUUGAUGGAACAAUGAGGAAAACUCUCCUUGAAGAUAAGCUUCCACAUAUAUUUGGGUUCACACUGCUAGGAGAUUACAUAUACUGGACUGACUGGCAAAGACGAAGCAUUGAAAGAGUACACAAGAUAAAGGCUAGCAGAGACAUCAUUAUUGAUCAACUGCCAGACUUAAUGGGCCUCAAAGCAACAAGUGUUACUAAAGUGUUUGGAACUAAUUCAUGUUCAGAGAACAACGGAGGCUGCAGCCAUCUGUGUUUCUUUACACCUCUGGAGACCAAAUGUGCCUGUCCCGUUGGCCUUGAGCUGCUGAGUGACUUGAAGACUUGCAUAAUUCCUGAAGCUUUCUUAGUUUUCACAAGCAGAGCAGCAAUUCAUAGGAUUUCCCUUGAAACCAAUAAUAAUGAUGUUGCAAUUCCUCUUACUGGAGUCAAGGAAGCAUCUGCUCUGGAUUUUGAUGUCUCUGAUAACAGAAUAUAUUGGACUGAUGUUAGUUUGAAGACCAUAAGCCGAGCUUUCAUGAAUGGGAGUUCUGUUGAACAUGUGAUUGAGUUUGGGCUAGAUUAUCCUGAGGGAAUGGCUGUUGACUGGAUGGGAAAGAACCUCUACUGGGCAGAUACUGGCACCAAUCGCAUUGAAGUAGCCCGCCUUGAUGGACAGUAUCGGCAGGUCCUUUUGUGGAAGGACUUGGACAAUCCAAGGUCUCUGGCUCUUGAUCCUACCAAAGGGUAUAUGUACUGGACUGAAUGGGGAGGUAAACCUAGAAUAGUUCAAGCAUAUAUGGAUGGAACAAACAGCAUCACUUUGGUGGAUAAAGUGGGUCGUGCCAAUGACCUCACUAUUGAUUACGAGGACCAAAGGCUAUACUGGACUGACUUAGACACAAGCAUGAUUGAGUCAUCAAAUAUGCUAGGACAAGAACGAGAAAUCAUAGCAGAUGAUCUACCUCAUCCAUUCGGAUUAACCCAAUAUAGUGACUACAUCUACUGGACAGACUGGAAUCUUCAUAGCAUAGAAAGAGCAGACAAGACCAGUGGGAAGAACAGGACACUUAUUCAGGGCCACCUGGAUUUCGUGAUGGAUAUUUUGGUUUUCCAUUCUUCACGUCAGGAUGGCUUGAAUGAUUGUAUGCAAAAUAAUGGCCAUUGUGGUCACUUGUGCCUUGCCAUACCAAAUGGAUACAGGUGUGGCUGUGCUGCUCAUUAUACCCUGGAUCCCAACAACAGAAACUGUAGCUCCCCUGCCAGCUUCCUAUUGUUUAGCCAGAAAUCUGCAAUCAGCCGGAUGAUACCAGAUGAUCAGCAAAGUCCAGAUAUCAUCCUGCCUAUGCAUGGUCUGAGGAAUGUCAAGGCUAUUGAUUAUGAUCCCUUAGAUAAAUUGAUCUACUGGGUGGAUGGACGUCAGAAUAUUAUAAAACGGGCCAAAGAUGAUGGCACCCAGCCUUUCACUGUUGUGAGCACUCCAAACCAAAGCCAGAACCUAGAGAAGCAGCCACAUGACCUCAGCAUUGAUAUAUAUAGCCAUACCUUGUACUGGACCUGUGAGACCACAAAUUCAGUUAAUGUCCACAGGCUGAAUGGUGAAUCAAUUGGGAUGGUGCUGCGAGGAGAUCAUGACAGGCCCAGAGCCAUUGUGGUGAACGCAGAGCGAGGAUACAUGUACUUCACCAAUAUGCAAGAGCGAGCUCCCAAAAUUGAGCGUGCAGCCCUUGAUGGCACAGAGAGAGAAGUGCUUUUUACAACUGGGUUGAUUCGACCAGUAGCACUGGUGAUCGACAAUGAGCUUGGAAAGCUUUUCUGGGUGGAUGCAGAUCUGAAACGCAUUGAAAGCUGUGACUUGUCAGGUGCUAAUCGUGUGACCCUCGAGGACUCCAACAUCCUUCAGCCAAUGGGACUCACUGUGCUGGGGAAUCACUUGUAUUGGAUUGAUCGUCAGCAGCAGAUGAUUGAGAGAGUAGAGAAAACAAAUGGGUACAAAAGAACUAGAGUUCAAGGCCGGAUUGCUCACCUAACAGGCAUUCAUGCUGUGGAAGAGCUUGAUGUGGAGGAAUUCUCUGGGCAUCCAUGCUCCCAUGAUAAUGGUGGGUGUUCGCACAUCUGUAUUGCCAAGGGGGAUGGGACUCCAAGAUGUUCAUGCCCAGAGCACCUUGUGCUUCUACAGAAUCUCUUAACAUGUGGAGAACCUCCAACUUGUUCACCAGACCAGUUUACCUGUGCAACUGGAGAGAUUGACUGUAUCCCAAUGGCAUGGCGGUGUGAUGGGUUUCCAGAGUGUGAUGACCAGAGUGAUGAAGAUAGUUGCCCCAUUUGCUCUGCAUCCCAGUUUCAGUGUGAGAAAGGACAGUGUAUCGAUGCAAACUUGCGGUGUAAUGGAGAAAUUGACUGCCAAGAUAAAUCUGAUGAAGUGGAUUGUGAUACAGUUUGUCUACCCAAUCAGUUCCGAUGUGCAAGCAGCCAGUGCAUCCUCCAGAAGCAACAGUGUGACUCCUUUUCAGAUUGUGUUGACGGUUCUGAUGAGCUCAUGUGUGAAAAAACAAAGUCAGCCUCAGAUGAGUCACAGCCACACAACAGUGCCAUUGGUCCUGUCAUUGGUAUAAUAUUGUCACUUUUUGUCAUGGGAGGAAUGUAUUUUGUUUGCCAGCGAGUGGUGUGUCAGCGCUAUGCUGGGCCCAGUAGUCCCUUUCCACACGAGUAUGUCAGUGGCACCCCUCAUGUGCCUCUUAAUUUUAUUGCACCAGGAAGUUCUCAGCAUGGCACUUUUACUGGCAUCUCUUGCGGAAAGUCCAUGAUUAGCUCCAUGAGUCUCAUGGGAGGAAGCAGUGGUGCUCCCUUGUAUGACAGAAACCAUGUUACCGGAGCCUCUUCAAGUAGCUCAUCCAGCACUAAAGCCACUUUCUACCCACAGAUCUUGAACCCACCUCCUUCCCCAGCUACUGAUCGCUCCCUGUAUAAUGCAGAGAUGUUUUAUUCCUCAAACAUUCCUUCAACCACGAGAUCGUACAGGCCAUACCUUGUACAAGGGAUAGCUCCACCCACAACCCCAUGCAGCACAGAUGUUUGUGACAGUGAUUAUACUACUAGUCGAUGGAAGGCAAACAAAUACUAUAUUGAUUUAAACUCAGACUCAGACCCUUAUCCCCCUCCACCCACACCUCGCAGUCAGUACAUGUCAGCAGAAGAAAGUUGCCCUCCAUCUCCUGCCACAGAACGAAGCUAUUUUCACCUCUAUCCCCCUCCACCCUCUCCUUGUACAGACUCCUCCUGACCUCAACAGAAGGAACUUUUCCUGUAAAUAUUUUAAAAUAUGAACAGAUUUUAAAAAUAUAUUCUAUGAUUUUAAAACAAAUUGGGGUGUCAAUUUAAAAAAAGAAAUGUGAAUAAAAAUGGGUGGGAGGGAUGGGGCUGUGAACAACUGUACAGAGGAAGAAUAUUUAUAAAAUUGGUGGAUUGUUUUACUUAAUUUCUAUUCUUUUGUGCCAUAUUUGCCUUUUUGGAAUAAUGAAAAUUACUCAGUCUCCAAAGGAUCUGGGAAGGGAAUGUUGAACCUUUUUGCAUUUUUAAGUCACCUUUUUACAUGCAAAGUGUUUGCAGAGGCAUGCAGCAAGAGGACAUGGGGCAAUGGUUUAAAAUUUGAAGAGGGGAGAUUUAGAUUAGGUGUUAGGAGGAAAUUCUUUACUGUGAGGGUGGUAAGCCACUGGAACAGGUUGCCUGGGGAAGUCCCAUCCCUGGCAGUAUUCAAGACCAGGUUGGAUGGGGCUCGAUCUAAUGGGAGGUGUCCCUGCCCGUGCAGGGGGAUUGGAUCUAGAUGAUCCUUAAGGUUCCUUCCAACCCUAACCUUUCUAUGAUUCUACAAUAAGUGUAAUUAAUUAUUUAUAUUAAUGUAAGCCAAGAAAGCAAAGUGGCUUGUGGGAGAAGGAGUCUAAGGAAUGAUGUACAUUUAUUCAAAGAGAAGAAAAACAUGUUUAAAUAAAAUUUUUAGUUUCUUGUCUCUUCACUACCACUGAGAGAAAAUGUGCAAAGAUCACAGACCUCAGAUGCUCCUCUUUGUAAGUGAGUUGAAUGCUUCCCAGCGGGACUUGUAUGCUGACGCUUGGAUUUCAAAUCUUCCUCUCCACUUGCUUAACACUGAACUGGAAGAACACUUCUUUUGGCCAAAACUUCCAGCUUAACUAGGCCCACAGAAAUCAUGCUCUACCUCAUGUCAGUGCCACUCUACACAAAGCCAAUUCUGGAAGUGACUCAAUCUAAAAAAGAUAACCAGCCCUAAACCACUUGGUUUAGCUCCAAUCAGUUCCCCAGUUCACUAGGUGAAGGGUAGCAAAAGCAGUUGUGUUGACCUGUGGGUAAGUGCAAGGGUCAAGUUUAAAGACGUAGUUAAGCUAAGAGAAACACCUGACAAACUGUUUGAUGACUGACUUGGAAGAGACUGUAAUAGUUAGCUGCUUCCUCUUUUUCCCAGAAGUCCAGUAAUUCACUGUGCCAGACCUCUGAGAUGUUCAUCUGUAUUGACUUCAUCAGAAAAUUGCUGAAUCUCUGUUCAGUUUCCAAAGUGGAGUGAUACAGACAUUUGUAUUCAUUUAAAUAAGGAAAGUUGUUUGUUUUUUGAUGGGUUUUUGUAGAAAAUGGCAUAGCUCAAAACAAAAAUGUUUGCCAGUCAGACAGUUUAGUAAUAUCUCAUAAUAAUUUUCCACAAAAUUAGUUCAGAAUUAGAAGUAGACAGAAAAAGCAUAAGGGAGGAAGGAGACAAAUACUUAAAUCUAGUUGUGUUGAAAUAAAAAAGAUAAACUCUCAUACAAACUCUUGUAACCAAAGGACAUCAAAAUCAGCAAAGUGCUCAUGUUCCCAACUCCUACAAAAAAAAAAACCCUUUGGGAAUGGGGGACUAGGAUCUGUCCCUUUCCAAAUGCAGAAGAUAAAUUUUUGCUUUGAUUGCUCUCUUGCAGUAACAAAUCAGAUUGGGUGUUGUAUGGCACUUUACGAAUUCAGGUCUGGUGAUGAUAAUGUGACUACCUGUUUGGGACAUCUGAGGGAAGUUUUGAAUAUGCAAAUUUGCAUCUGUUUCUGCAGCUGCUGAGCAACAGAUUUGUUAGGCCUUUGACAGCCUUAAUAUUGUUGGCAACAAUGAAAACUUUUCUUGUUUGAACUUAAAUUGUACUUGGGUUUGGGUCUUUUAGAAAGUUAUUUAAACGGUGUAACUCUGGGACAGAGAUCUUGCUUGUGGUGGUGAAGGGGCUGGGACCACAGUGUUCUGAUCCAGUUUGUUUUUUUAGACUUAGUCCAGUUGUGUUCUUCCUAUCUAUGUUGUUCAAGGAUAGGAUUUGUGCUGUUACUGGUACAUUACUAAAACUCUUCAAGAAGCUUUUACCACCUUCAUGUUUAAAUUGGCACUUGAGAGUCUGAUUCCAAAGAAGAUGCUCACUAUUUUUCAUGGAGAAAAAUGCAGCAUUGAAGUUUAGGAAUAUGUUCAUUCCCCAUUAUCAACAUUAGUAAUACUGUAGUAUGCCAAGAGGGACGAGAUUGUAGGUUGUUACUCUUAGAAUGACUUGGCAGAUAUCUGAAAAAGUAUUAAUGGUUCAGUGAAACAAAGAAAUUCUCAUGUGUUCAUGUUCCAUGAACUAAAUUAGAUCCACAGGGUAUUUUAUGUACCACAUCAAUCAUAUAAAGGAGUACUUGUUCUGCAUUACAGCAGUUAGUUUCAUGUCAUAUGUAAUUUUGUGCAUGAUAAAUAUCCACUAUUUAUAGUAUUCAUUAAUUUAGUUGCUUUGUGUUACAGUUCUAGUUUAGAGACAUAUUACAUUACUUUAUCUGUAUUCCUGUGGUGACACUGGAUGCAAAAUUACUUUUUUUUUUCUACUCAUUAAACCACUGAUCUUUUUGCAGAGGCACAAUCCUGUAACAGUCAUAACCACUUCAUCUGAAGACUUGUAUCCUAUUACAAAGUUUGGAGUUGAGUCCAAGAAAAUUAAUAUUCUUGCUGAGAGCUAAACUGUCUAAAGAGUCAUAUUCUUCUGGAGCUUGACUGUUCAAAAUGAAGGAAACACUUGCUGAAUGAGGUUGGAUUAAUUGCAUACAUUUUGUUUUCAGCUGAACAUUCAUAGCCUCCUGCUGCUGCUUUCUGAGAAAUUGCCUCAUCUAAGGCAUUUGAAGUUUGGUGAUCAGCAUCUAAGACCCACACUGCUCCAUAAUGCUGACUUUAAAAGCUGCUUCUAAAAAAAAAAAAGGUAUCAAAAUUUAACAUUGUAACAUUCAAAUACCAAAUAUUACUUUUUGUUGCUGCAGACUAUAUAUUUUGAAAGGACUACUGCCCUCCUGAUGCUAGAAAAAAAACAGAAAGAAAAUUUGAAUGAUGAAGAGCAACUUCUCUCCAGAAAUAUCCUCAGUGGGGUCUUAGUGGUUUCCAUCCUGUGAACUUUCAGGCUAAAAUGUAGAAAUUAGGUGCUAUUUUCUUCUAGAUCAGGAUGAGAGAAAGAGUUGCAGGGAAUUAGUGAAUGCGUAUGACAGGUUGUGGCUGUGGCAGUUCAAGGCUGAAUAGGAUAUAAAUAGGGGAAAUCUGUAUUUUGGUGAGGUUUAGGCAUAGUUUUAAUAGUGCAAAAGUUUUCUAUGAGAAAGUUGACUGAAUUAGAAGACUUCUCCCCUGAGAACCUGCAGGGGGAUACAUGUGUUUGGACUACCUGUGUGAGCUUGUGACUACUUGAAUCAGUGUUUUCAACCACUAUUUUCCAAGGCCAUUAUGACUGCCUAUUAGCACUUGAAACAGCUCAGGGUGUAAUACAGAACUGUGUCUGGAGACAAGCUAGUAGUGGAAAAAUUAUAUUAUUGAUUUUGUGUUACAUUUAAAGGACAGAUGUUCUAGCAGAGAACCUUUCAGUGCAGUCAAGAAAGCAACUUAUUCAGGUCAUCAUCUCUCAUGUCCUAUUUGCAGGACAUGUGUAGCAGCAGUGUAAAGCUGUAACGUUAAUGGACAAGACAUGAUCUUUAUCAGUGAAGUAUUCUUUAAUUUCAAGUAAAAUUUUGUGUAAAUUAUAGCUUGGCUUUACUUCAGCUGUCAACAGCCAUUGCACCCUGAAAUUUGCAAUGGAGAUUCUGAGGAAACUCCAUUAGCACUACCCCAGCUGUCUUACUGCUUCAGUUCUCUUCUGUUUGGACAGAUUGCUAAAGAGCACUUAGGCUCUUAAACUAAAUCUAUAUGUUUUCUUUAGUACAGCGUCAUAGUACAAAAUGCCACAAGUCUAAAAAUGAGAUUCUGCCAUUAUUGAAAUGUUCUAAAGAGGAAGGCAGACACAAGUAGAAAUGAGUUUCAUCUUUGGAAUAACGGGUUUGACAUUCAGUAGUAAAACUUGAUCUCUCUGGUUUGCAAAGGGUGCAAGCAUUUAUCUAAAAAUUCUGAUUCUUUUCAAAGUCGCAGCAAAAUGGUCUUUCCCCUCAACACCUGUUCCACACACCUAGGAUGGGCCUUCAAGGAAUCUUCAUCUGAUAGCUAGAAGGUCAUAUGCUAGAUCUAGGAUUCACCAUGUUCUCCACAUUUUUAUGGUAACUAUAGUCUUUUGGAUUCUGGGGCUUUUGAAAUCCUGAAGCUUUGUGCACAGUGAUGAAGAAGGAUUUGGAAGCAGAAGCAUUUAGUAAGGGCUGGUCACACCGGGCUGGUCUGCCAGUCACACAAUGUUCCUCCAUUGCCUACAGGCUCAGAUCUCUGUUAGGGAGAGCUCCUGCGCUACCCAUCAUCAGAGCCUCUUGAGCAUGUUGUACUACUUUAUGAGUGUGAUCAGUCAGACUUCAUUAAAGAUAUGUAUCCCACUUGCUUCAAACAUUUUCAGAAGCAGAUCUUUUCUGAUGUCAGUUAUUUUGUUGGGGGUAUAUGCUGAAUCAAUCCAAAUUACUAGUUGUGCUUACAAUUGUACUACAAGCGAUAAUCCGUUAAUGUCAGGAAAUUAAAACAGAAGACAAGCAUGUUCCAAAUAAUUAAUGACACACAAGAGUCCCUAGCACGGAGCCCUGAAUUAGAAGUAAAAUAUUUCCUGUUACAGUGCUGAAGAUCAUUUUACAAAUGACCCUGUUUGGACAGAGCCACAGUCCAAUAUGAUAGUUGUUUACUAAUCAGUUACUCUGUUGUUUCUAUGCUUUUAUUAUGACACCAUUAUGAAUUAUGAGUACAGUCUUCACUGUAAGUUCAGGGAAGGUUGAAUCUUAAAUUCUGAGAGAUGUCUGCUAGUUCUACUGCUGUUCCCUUAGGUACUGCAACACUUUCUGUUCAUCAUUAAAUGUAAAACCUCGUUUCUUCAGCUAUUGUGAGUUUAGUUAAACAGCUUAAGGUGUUUACCACAUAUUAAAAUAAUUAUUAGUAUACAUAGACAUUUCAAAUCCUGUCAGGUCUUCUAGCUUUCCUUCCUAAGAACACUUACUGUAGUUUCUGUAAAGGAAUAUUUUCUUUAAUUUGUUUAUUUUGAAGUUUGACAACUAUGCUGUGGGCUUUUGCACAUAAGAUAGUACUCCCUGGAGGGAAAAAAAGGAAAAAAUGGCUUUAAAACAAUAUUAAGGAUAGGAUUUAUCGAAAUCAGUCUGAUACAAUGGCUUCUGCAUUCCACAACAAAAUCCUUCAAAAUGCCAUGUCCUGACAUACUGACUUGUGACAGCAAGCUGCUGCAUCCUGUCCCCAGCAUGAGCCAUGCCCUUGUUGCAGCCCACCUCAGGAGUCGGGGAUGGGUUCCUUCCAGCCAACACAGAAUCCUGAUGGAUGGAAGACCACAAUGGCCAUUCCUAACUGGGUCAUUUUAUAUUGAAAAAAUACAUUCAGAGAAUAUACUUAGGACUUAACCAGAGGAGAAAAACAAGUUUGACAGCUAUAGUAAGUGACUAGCAUUAAUGUCUUUGCAAAGUAGGUACUCCCCCUGACACACCUUUCUCUAAAUAAGAAUGUUGCUAAACCCUGUGACAGCAUUUCCAGGGUAGCUGUGUUUGACAAAAGUAGUGAUAUUCUGGUUUGAUUUGUACAGAGAUCUUGCAGUGUGUAAAUAAGUAUAAAAGUAUUUUGGUUGCAACAACAAACAAUUGUAAAAGGAAUUCAUCGGGCUACAGAGCUAAAACAAAAGCAGUUGAAAAUGGGAGGACUGUUUUGGUUUUGCGUGUAAAAUAUGGAGGGCAUUGUAAGAAAAUCUCUUAACACAGGCUGCUUUCCUACCUAUUUGUAUCAUAAUUGCUGCUACUGUAAAUGUACAUGAACAUACAAAGAUUACCAAGAAUUUUUAUUAUAAAACUCACACACAUAUUAAAAUGUGUAUUCUGCAAACAACCUAAUAAUUACAACUUUCUAUAUGUAUAAUUUUGUAGCAUUUGUUAAUACAGAAGACAACCAAACCAAAUACUUCAGUGCCUUGCACAUUUCACAGUUCACCAUAUUAACUGGGGGAAAAAGUAAAGUCUCAAAUCACAAGCACCCCCAGUUUUCACAAAGCUUUGUGUCAUAGUUAGGGUUCUCUUCAGUUAAAAUACAUUACAUCUACAAGUUGUGGAACUAACUGAAAGCUGACAACUUCUGAAUUUUUUGGAACAUGCAUCUUGAAUUAGUAAUAUAAUGGAAUUUCUCUUGAAUGUAUUGUUUCAGGUGAACUUUGAUUUACAUAUUUGUAUCUAUUUCAACAGAAAUCUUGAUACCUGUCAAAAAUACAUAAUAUUUUUUAAAAGAUAAUGCCACUAACCAAUGCUUAGGUAUUUGGCAAUUAAAUUGACACUAUUUUCAGAUUGUCACUAUGUUUCAUUAGAGCCAUAAAAUCUUUGUUGUGUUACAGAAAGUCUUUACCAAUUGUUUUUCCAAGCAUGGCCUUCUAGUAUACAAAUGAAGUUGGUAAUUCUGUCUUAUGAAAAACUUCUCUGAAGUUUUUAUCACUUCAGACCAUUAUAAGUUAACCAUUUUCUAGUAAUUAAACCACAAUGUUUCUUUAUGUUAACAAAACCAAAGUCUUGUUUGAAGUAACUGGUAUUUUGUAUAAAUAUCUGUACAGAUAACAGACUCUGUAUUUGUACUAUAGAUUAUGUAGAUUUUGUUUUAUAAUAAAUACUUGUAAAAUAUUU